CCCAUCCAUGUCCUCCAGCAACCUCCCCCUACCUGUGUGAGGAGGCUAGUGAGGUUGUGGUCCCUCCUCCCACUCUCUUCCUCAAUUGGGGAGUUUUUGUUCGCUCACUCGCGAGGCAGGCACCACUCCCUUGUCUUUACCAAAACAAAUACACAGUAAUCAAAUUUUAUAAUAUGCUCGCCAAAUAAAUACUCUAUCGUGUUAGACAUCUGAAAAAUCGUUCCUUGACCUUGUGUGAGGAGGGCUAAAAGCCGAACAUAUAUAUUAUUUUAUGAAUGUUGUAACUUGAUAUUCUGGUGUUUGAGGCCAUCCGGCUGCGGUAAGAAUGAACGCACAACCAUCGGUCUUGCACCCAACGAGUGUCGACGGCACGCGUGUCUGUAUGGUGGUGCGUGAGGUUGCGAGCACGUGUGAUCCCUUUUAUAUGUAGGCAUGGAGACGCACUAAAAAGUGGUCUAGCCACUGUGGGCAUUCGUGUCGCUUGGAGUGUGAAGUAGACAGGGGAGUCAAGGCGGAGGUAGCGGAGAACAGACGUACAGAGAUAGAGAGCGAAGCAGGGUAGGAGGAAUGGAGGGAGCGCAGGAAGUGACACAGUCCAAGUUCAAAAGGAUAUGUGUUUUCUGUGGCAGUAGCCAGGGAAAGAAGAGAAGCUACCAGGAUGCUGCGGUGGAGCUUGGCCAGGAAUUGGUGUCCAGGAACAUUGAUCUGGUUUAUGGUGGGGGUAGCGUUGGUCUGAUGGGUUUGGUUUCCCAAGCCGUUCAUGAUGGUGGGAGGCAUGUCAUUGGGGUCAUACCCAAGACUCUCAUGCCCCGAGAGAUAACUGGAGAAACUGUAGGAGAAGUGAAGGCAGUUGCAGAUAUGCACCAAAGGAAGGCAGAGAUGGCUAGACGGUCUGAUGCCUUCAUAGCCUUACCUGGAGGAUAUGGAACUCUUGAAGAACUGCUUGAAGUGAUAACAUGGGCUCAACUAGGCAUACACGAUAAGCCGGUGGGAUUGUUGAAUGUGGAUGGAUACUACAACUCGUUACUAUCUUUCAUUGACAAAGCAGUAGAGGAAGGCUUCAUUAGCCCAGGUGCCCGUCAUAUCAUUGUAUCUGCUCCAACAGCAAAGGAAUUGGUGAAGAAGUUAGAGGAGUACUUCCCUUGCCACGAAAGAGUCGCUUCCAAGCUGAACUGGGAGAUGGAGCACCUAGGAUAUUCCUCAAAACGUGAGAUUUCCAGGUAGGAAGGACAAGUAUUCCGGUCAUGGGAAAUCGAACCACAUUUUUCACAAGCGAGAGAGGUCAAAUUGGAAAAUUGUCUACUGUGAAGAAAUGCUUGGAGAUUCUUUUCUUGUAAAUUGUCAGAAAGGGCCUAAAUAGAUAAAAACUCUUAACUUACU